CCAAAGACUUUCUUACUCAUCCCUGUCUUUCUUUCUCUCUCUCUACAAACCCAUUUGUGAAAGCGAAAAGUAGAGAUUAGAGAUUCAACACUGAGUUUUAGAGAGAGAAACUCUACUGUGUGUUCUGUGUGUGUGUGUGUGUGAGAGAGAGAGACUCUGCAACUCGAUUGGAGACGACGAUGCGUGGACCACUCUCACUCCUCAUUUUCCUCAUCGUUUUCGUUGCAGCUUUCACACCUUCUCACCAAGCACCAUAUGCUCUAAGGAUAAGUUGUGGAGCCCGCAACGAUGUCCACACGCCACCAACAAAUACAUUAUGGUAUAGAGAUUUCGGAUACAGUGGCGGAUACUUUACUAACGCAACCCGUCCAAGUUUCAUCACUCCUCCUCUACAAACCGUUCGCUAUUUCCCCUUAUCCGAGGGUCCUGAAAAUUGCUACCACAUAGAGCGGGUACCACACGGCCACUAUUCGAUUAGAAUCUUUUUCGGGUUAGUUAAGGAUCCCACCUUUGACAACGAACCUUUGUUUGAUGUAUCCAUAGAAGGAACCCUAGUUUACUCGAUGCAAUCGGGUUGGAGUAACCACGAUGACGAACAAGCUUUUGUUGAAUCGAUUGUGUUUCUCGAAGAUGGAACCGCCUCGAUUUGCUUUCACAGCACGGGUCAUGGAGAUCCAGCUGUACUUUCGAUCGAAAUUCUCCAAGUUGGCAAUAACGCGUAUAAUUUCGGGCCUGGAUGGGGCCGAGGAACGAUCUUGAGAACGCAUAAGAGACUCAGUUGUGGUGCUAAGAAUCCUAAGUUUGAUGUGGAUUACAGUGGGGACCACUGGGGCGGAGACCGGUUUUGGAAUUCGGUUCCUACUUUCGGUCAAAGUGCUGACCGUGUUUUGACGACGAAAAACACCAUCAAGUUAUCCUCGAAAGUACCAAACUAUUAUCCGGAAGCACUUUACCAAACUGCGCUUAUUAGCACUGAUAAUCAGCCGGAUUUAGCUUACACAAUGGAUGUCGACCCAAAUAGAAACUACUCCAUUUGGUUGCAUUUUGCUGAGAUUGAUUCUUCGGUCACGGGUGAAGGACAACGGGUUUUUGACGUUUUAAUAAAUGGCGACACUGAAUUUCAAGAAAUCGAUAUUGUGAAAAUGAGUGGAGGUGUAAAUAGUGCUCUUGUGCUGAACAAAACGAUUCUUGUUAGUGGGAGAAGUUUGACGAUAACUUUGAACCCUGUAAAAGGCAGUCAUACUAUUAUCAGCGCCAUAGAGGUGUUUGAAAUUGUCAAUGCCGAGGCCAAAACGUUAAUCGAGGAAGUAAGGGCUCUACAAAAGUUAAAGAGUGCACUUGGUCUUCCGCUUCGUUUUGGAUGGAAUGGUGAUCCAUGUGUUCCACAACAACAUCCAUGGAGUGGAGUAGAUUGUCAAUUUGAUAGCACUAAACUUAAAUGGUUUAUUGAUGGGCUAGGUCUCGACAACCAGGGUUUGAGAGGAUUCUUACCCGAGGACAUAUCCAAGCUGAGUCAUCUAGAACAUAUGAACCUGAGUGAAAAUAGCAUCCGGGGGCAUAUUCCUUUAUCACUUGGAAAAAUUACUAGUCUACAAGUACUAGACCUUUCAUACAAUUUCUUUAAUGGAUCCAUUCCUGAAAGCCUUGGAGGGUUGACAUCGGUCCGGAUAUUGAAUCUUAAUGGCAACUCCCUCUCUGGAAGAGUUCCGGCUGCAUUAGGAGCAAGGCUCUUGCAUAGAGCAAGCUUCAAUUUUACAGAUAAUGAUGGUCUUUGUGGGAUACCUGGACUACCAACCUGCGGGCCCCACCUUUCUGCCAGUGCAAAGAUCGGAAUCGCGUUGGGAGCAUGCGCAGGACUUCUUCUAAUUGCCACGUGCUUAACAUGCUGGUGGAAAAGGCGUCAAAACAUCCUUCGAACUCAGCAAAUCGCAGCAAGAGGCGCUCCUUAUGCAAAAGCAAGAACUCAUUACUCUCGUGACGUUCAAUUAACGAGGCACAAUAACGGUCAUGAAAAUGCUAGGACUGCUGCCGAGAACGGGCCUAUCUUGCUGUCUUGAUCACGAGCAUCCAUUUGAUUAUCAAAGUUUACAACUUGCUAACGGGCGUAAAGCAUAUACACGGACACACGCACGCGCACACGCGUGUUACAAAUGUAAGCAUAAGUUUGUUAUGGCGUAUUUUGAUUGUGUUGAAUGCUUAGUGAGGUUGGCUUUUAGCAACCCUAUAAUUUAUAGUUGAAGCAAGUAGAGAAUGAACAAGAUUGUAUAUUAUCCUUUUUUUGUUGUUAUUAAGUAGACUUUCUCAUAUAUUGUGAUCAUCACUUUUCAACA